AUGGAUUUAGAGAUACUAAAUUUGGAGGAUUCAUCAGGAGUUAAACUUGAAAUGCAAAGAAAUCUCAACAAUACUUCUGCCAAACUCAGUGAGAUUGAAUCUAUUGGAGAAAACAAAUUUGGUGUGGAUUUAAGAUCUAAAGAUAUUACUUUCUCUAUGGCUGCAAUCCAACCAUUCCUACCACUAUUUGCGAAUGUUUUAAAAAUUGCGAUGGACCUAACAAGAUUAUACGAAAAUGCUAAGUACAAUAAGAAAAUAUGCGCGGCUUUAGUUGACCGUAUGGAUAUUGUUGAACGAGCGGUUAAAUAUUUGCAACGUCAUAAACAGAAGAAUGAAAAAAAUUUUA